CGGCCCCAGCCCGGCCCUGCCGGUACCCCCCCGCGGCGCCGCCAUGCCGCCCGCCCGCCCCGAGUACCUGCCGCCGUGGUGGGCGGCCUGGCUCCAUGGGCUCCCGCACCGCGGCCUGCGCCUGCAGCCCGUGCCCGCCGACUUCCGACCGCGGGACCCCGACUACCAGCAGUCGCUGCUCUUCCUGGGCUUGGUGGCUGCCGUCUGCCUCGGCCUCAACCUCCUCUUCCUCACCAUCUACCUGAUCUGCCUGUGCUGCUGCAAGAGGGACCAUGAGCCUGAGACCAAGCGACCCCACUCCUGCUGCGUCACCUGGAUGGCUGUCACCGCUGGGCUCAUCUGCUGCACAGCUGUUGGCAUCGGCUUCUACGGGAACAGUGAGACCAACGAUGGGGUGUACCAGCUGCUCUAUGCCCUCGACCAUGCCAACCACACCCUGACUGGCAUCGACACACUGGUUGCAGGCACCACGCUGCAGAUGCAGGUGGGCUUGGAGCAGCACCUGGCACGGCUGAACGAGCUCCUGGCCUCACGGGGGGACUACCUGCAGACCCUCAAGUUCAUGCAGCAGUUGUCCAGCAGCAUUGUCCUUCAACUCUCAGGGCUACCCACCUGGCAGGGUACCAGUGCCAACCUCACCGCGCUGGCCAGUGACAUCGCCUACGUUGAGUAUUACCGGUGGCUGUCUUAUCUCCUCUUCUUCAUCCUCGUCCUCACCGUCUGCCUGCUGGCUUGCCUGGGGCUGGCCAGGCACUCCCGCUGCCUCCUCACCACGAUGCUGUGCUGUGGGCUGCUGACCCUCAUCCUCAGCUGGGCUUCCAUGGCUCUGGACACAGCAGCAGCAGUGGGCACCAGUGACUUCUGCGUGGCCCCAGAUAAGUUCAUCAUGAACGAGACAGAGAGCGAGAUCACUGCAGAGGUGGUUCACUAUUACCUGUACUGUGAGCAGAGCCUGAGCAACCCCUUCCAGCAGGCUCUCACCGUCUUCCAGCGCUCGCUCACCACUAUGCAGAUCCAGAUCCAGGGCCUGAUACAGUUUGCUCUGCCCCUGUUCCCAACAGCUGAGAAAGACCUUCUGGGGGUCCAGCAGCUCCUCAACUCCUCAGAGACCAGCCUGCACCAGCUCACAGCUAUGCUGGACUGCCGGGGGCUGCACAAGGACUACCUGGACGCUCUCAUUGGCAUCUGCUACGAUGGGGUGGAGGGUUUGCUCUACCUGAUCCUUUUCUCCUUGCUGGUGGCCGCCUGCUUCUCUGCCAUCAUCUGUGCCACACCACGUGCCUGGAAGCUCUUUGCCGGCCGGGACCAGGACUACGAUGACAUGGACGAGGAAGACCCCUUCAACCCACAGGCGCGUCGCAUCGCCACGCACAACCCGGCGCGGGGGCAGCUCCGCAGCUUCUGCAGCUACAGCAGCAGCCUGGGCAGCCAGAGCAGCCUGCACCCCCCGGCGCAGACCAUCUCCAACGCCCCUGUCUCCGAGUACAUGAACCAAGCCGUGCUCUUCGGUGGGAACCCACGCUACGAGAACGUGCCCCUGAUCGGCAGAGGCUCUCCUCCUCCCACGUACUCCCCGAGCAUGCGAGCCACCUACCUGUCUGUCACCGAUGAGCAGAUCAGGCACCACGGCAGCGAGUUCCCAGCCUAAGGAGCUCGCCCCGAGCAGCUCUCGGGAGGAGGAGGAGUCGCCGGCAGCCAGAGGCACCUGGAAAAGACGCAGUGGGAAGGGCAGCGGCGGAGGGGAGCCCUGUGCCCCCCACACCCCCUCCUCUCCCCCUUGGCAGCUUCUCGGUCAGAAGUCUUCCUGCCUUACGGUUGACAGCAGCUCUGGGACCAAACUCUGGCCAGCAGCCCCGGGCAGUGCCGCGGCCGUGCCGAUGGCGCUCUCGGAAGACUGGAGAUGGUUCACACCCCCCGUGUCAGCUUCUCCAUCCCCACCCCAUCUGCACCAGCUCGGGGAUGUUUUACGCCACGCAAGGGAGUUUACUCCAGCUCCCUCUUACUGGAGCACAAAGCCUGGGACCACGGGCUGCCCCCCAGCCCCUUGGGGAGGGGUCCCAGCAGUGGUCCCUCCACUCCCGUAGCAAUGCAGUACCAACCACUAGUGAUCCCAGACCCUUCCCGGCACCUGGGGUGGCUUUGUCACCCCACAGUGGUGGCAGCAGCUGCUCUGCUCUGACAUGCUCCUGCUCUGCAUGGGCAGAGCCAGUUCCCUGUGCUCCCCGUGCUGUUUCACCCUGGUCCCAGGUUCAGAAGCUGUAGAAUUAGGGAUGGUUUGGCCUUGCUGGUUUUUCCUUUGCUUUUCUCCUGGGUUUUACGAGUUGUCUACAGGACAGAGGUGCAGUUUAACUCACUGCCUCUGUCCCAGUGUGGGUUUACUGCAGUGCAUGUUGGUAGCAGUUUUUUGGCUGGUUUGUAGGCUCUGUUUUGGUGAUUCAGCUCCCCAGGGCAGGCAGGCCAGCAGUGAGGGCUGGGGCAGGCUCCCCUCCUUCUGCGGGACAGCCCUGGAGAAACCACAGAUCCCCUAGGAGAGGGUCAGGGACAUCCCUGGGGAAGGAUGCAGUCUUGGGGAGCUUGCCUGGCCUUGCCAGGGCUUCAGGUGAAGCAGCUCUGGGAGCUGAGGAGCCAGAGGGAACCAGCAUGAGCUGAAACAGAUCCUUUGUGACUGCCCAUUUCAGCAUGGGCUGCCCUGGGAGGGUGUGAGCAAAGUCCCCUGCAGCAGUCCCUUGCUCACCGUGAGCAGGGAGAGCCUCUACUCCAGAACUCCCAACCUAAAGGGUGCAGACAGUGGUGGGUGUUUUCAUACCCACUCACCCUUCUGGUCCCUGUCCCUCCACCCAGGGCAAGUUCAGCUCUAGUUACCACCUUAGACACCAGAGCAGUGGCUUCACCAGGGUUCACUUUGCUCCAGGGCUCUUCCUCUACCCACACCAUCAGGUAGCAAAGGCUUUCCCUGUCUGGUGGUGGUUACCCAUUCCUUCCUCCAUGCUUUUGGCUAACAGUGCUGCAGCUGGGCAGCCCUUUGAGGGUGGCCAAGCUGUCCCCCUUGGGCACCCUGGGGGGGGUCUUACUUGAUAGCAGUGACUCACUGUGUCUUUUAAAGAUAACCUGUACAUAUCUGUCAGUCCCCUCACACCGUCUGUCCGUGGUAUGUGUGACUAGCAUUACUUGCUGUUGGAAACUUCCAGGGGGGGUGUCUGUGGAUUUGGGUUUUUUGGGGUUGUUUUGUUUGGGGGGUUUGGGGUUGGUUGGGUUGGUUUUUUUUUUGGCUUUUCAUGUUUGGAUGUAAUGGUACUGGUAGAACAGCUGUUUUUAAAAGCAUGUGGACUAACCUCAUUCGGACUCCCAUCUAGGAGUCCAGCCUGAUUUGUAUGUGCCCUCUGGGGAAGAGACAAUAAACACUUGUACUAAACUGA